AUGUCUUUCAUUGAUCAACAGUGCAAGCAACCAUGUGUGCCACCCCCAUGUCUUCAAAAGGCCCAAGAGAAGUGCCAGGCACAAGCUGAGGAGGUGUGUGUCUCCUCAUGUCAGGACCCCUGUCAAGAUAAAUGUCCACAACAAGCUCAGGAUGUGUGUGCUUCUCAGUGCCAGGAGUUAAGCCAAGGAAACUGCCCACAACAAGGCCAAGAUCCAUGUCUACCUCCCAGCCAAGACCAGUGCCUUCCUCAAAGUGCAGAGCCAUGCCAGGAGCUAGCACAAACAAAAUGUGUGCAGGAGUUCCCACAGAAGGUACAGGAGAAGUGUUCUUCCCAGAGCAAGGGAAAGUAA